AUGCCUUUUGGAUUGACGAAUGCCCCAUCAACAUUUAUGGAUUUGAUGAAUCGAAUCUUUAGGCAGUACUUGGAUAGUUUCGUGGUAGUAUUCAUAUAUGAUAUAUUGGUCUACUAUCGAAGUAACAAGGAGCACAAAGAACACUUAAGGAUAGUAUUGGAGACUUUGCAAAAGCAUGGGCUUUACGCCAAGCUUAGCAAGUGCCAGUUUUGGCUCCGAAAAGUCAAAUUUUUGGGUUACGUCAUUUCUAGUGAAGGAGUUGCAGUAGAUCCAACUAAGAUAGAGGUUGUGGUAGAAUGGCAAAGACCAACCAAUGUCCAUGAGAUACAUAGUUUCCUUGGUUUAGCAAGUUACUGCCGAAGGUUCAUUGAAGGAUUUUCCAAACUCUAUAAUCCAAUAACGACAUUGACUAGGAAGAAUACCAAGUAUGUUUGGAGCAAGGAGUGUGAAAGAAGUUUUCAAGAAUUAAAAAGGAGGUUAACCACAACACCGGUAUUGGCUUUGCCUGAAUCACUCAAGCCUUACGUGGUAUUCAAUGAUGCCUCUAAGAUGGGAUUAAGAUGUGUCCUAAUGCAGGAAGGACGAGUAGUCGCUUAUACUUCGCAACAACUUAAGAAUCACAAGUAG